CAUAGCAACAUGUAUCGUUUCAACAGUAGCAAUAUCCGGUGUCGGGUCUUUGAGGAAUGACGUCAAUGGAAUAUAUGACGUAAUAUAUUCGCAAUUAUGUUUAACCAGCACUGCUGAAUUUCGAAACAAGACUCAUAUUUCAGACGACAAACACUGACCUGGGGACACGAUGCUGAGACGACGUACAGUCAAACGGGCAAGGCGUGUGUACCUUCUGGUCAUGCUUAUACUGCUUGUGCUGGUUCUUGUGUUCAUCCUUGACCGUGACAGCGUACCGUCGGACAGCGACGAGACGGAGAACACAACGAUACUGCCUGUUCCGAGAGCGUUUUCCCAGUCGCGGUUCUAUGGAGACAUACGCAUAUUGAACUACCGGUGGUAUUUUAAACCGCGAGAAGACAGAGUGUCCCCUUUAGAUUAUGGAUUUUUGGAUGGAUCCGCAAAAGCAUGUGCAUCCGACGAAAGACUUCAGCUCGUUAUUCUAGUACUGACGAUACACGACAUGGCGUCUCAACGACAAGCGAUCAGGGACACCUGGGGUAGUGUGUCCGUCCUGGGCACAUGGCCAAACACGAACGAACAAUUUCACAUCAAGUUACUGUUCGUCAUAGGUGUCGCUAAACACGAUUCCUUGAACACCGCUGUGGCCAAGGAAGCAGACGAGAAAGGAGACGUGAUCCUGGCAGACGUCGUUGACAGUUACUUCAAUCUGACGCGCAAAGUCUUGAUGGGAUUCAAGUGGAUCAGACAGUUCUGCCCUGCUGUGAAAUACGUCAUGAAAGUUGACGAGGACACGUACGUAGACAUUCCUCAGCUUGUGGCAGUGAUCAACUCCGGCACCUGGCACAAUCUCAUAUAUGGAAAACAUUUCCUAAAAGACCGUGUACACAGAGAAGGGAGGUUCAAGGUAUCGGAGGAAGCCUAUCCUGUACCCGUGUAUCCUCCGCACGUGAAGGGGAACAUGUACUUGAUGCCCAGCGACGUCGCCAUGAAGAUCCUGGCCGUCUCCGAACACAUGCCCUACGUGAACAUCGAGGACGUGCAUAUCACGGGCAUCCUGGCUAAAAUAUUCGACAUCAGACACGUCGGGUUACCAGGGUGGAAAUACAACACUUAUUUGGCUGCCAACCCGUGUGAGCUUGCGACAGGCGUUAAGAUAGUUUCUCAGAAGAUGUUUAGGAACAGGCUUUACGCAGUAUGGGAAAUAGUUAAAGACCCGGCCUUGUGCUGAACUGGUAGUGUAGUUCUAGGCCCCCCGUUCCACGAAGCAAUCUUAGCAUUAAGGUCACCUUAGGUGAAUAACUAUAUUAUGUCCUUACGGUGAUCUUGACGCUAAGAUCGCUUCGUGGAAUGAGGCCCAUGGUCGUAGACUGGGGAUCCUAGGUGUUCGGACAACGGUACACGCUAGUUUUAUAUUCGAAUCAUUCCAAGUCCAGACCACGCCGCGCCUCUGCACUUUCAAUUUAUGUUCGUGUUUACGUCCAGUUAAGGUUCAAGCACGCCGUCUCUCUCUCUCUCUCUCUCUCUCUCUCUCUCUCUCUCUCUCUCUCUCUCUCUCUCUCUCUCUCUCUCUCUCUCUCUCUCUUCCGGAAAAUAAAUUUUCGUAUCUCUUUUAGUUCAAGAGCCAUAACUCUUGUCAUCAAUGGCUAAAUUGCCAUGUUAGUCCAAUUUAAUCGGUAAUAACUUACAUGAUAAUACUGUAAUACAAACAAAAUUUCGGAUCAAUAUCUUCUAGGCAAAAAAAAAGAAAAACGUUUCUUUUGUUUAACGACACCACUAGAGCGCAUUGAUUUAUUAAUCAUCGGCUAUUGGAUGUCAAA